UUCGCUGUAUCGCCCGGGUGGACAGUAUAGUUACUUCAACAUUAAAUGGAAUACAAUGCCGCGGAUUCCUAUACAUAGAGACGUCACCUCAGCGUAAUUAAUUACUGCUUCGUAAUUAAGACCUUAAGACAUUAGGAGCACGUGUUGACUGGCCUAUUUUCGAGUUUUUAUCAGCAAUAUUUCAGGGAGAGCAGCGCCCCCCCCUCUCACCGCAGCAGCUGCAGGGGAGUUUGUCACUUUUUUCCUUGUUAACCAAACGAUGAACUGAGGACCUUCACUUCUCAACAUCACACAUCUCUUCAUCACACUCUUCACUCUCGAGUCGACAGCUGCUUCCCCACACCUGGCCAGGGAAAUGUGUGUGCACGUGUCCUCGGAUGCAUGACUGUGUCUGAGUGCUUUUGGGCUGAAGUAAGCGGUAGAAGACUGCACUUCCUCUCGCACCCUCUGAGAGGCGUUUCUCCACUUCACUGACAUUUGUGUCCACGACUGCAAAGCAUCAUGGGUAGGAAAAAGAUUCAGAUCCAACGGAUCACAGACGAAAGGAACAAGCAGGUGACAUUCACAAAGCGAAAGUUUGGCUUGAUGAAGAAGGCCUACGAGCUGAGUGUGUUGUGUGACUGCGAGAUCGCUCUGAUCAUCUUCAACCACGCGAACAAGCUGUUCCAGUAUGCCAGCACUGACAUGGACAAGGUCCUGCUCAAAUACACCGAGUACAACGAGCCUCACGAGAGCCGGACCAAUGCCGACAUUAUCGAGACUUUGAGGAAGAAAGGCUUCAACGGGUGUGACAGCCCAGAGCUGGAUGGUGAAGACUCGAUCGACCAGAGUCCCCUGAAUGAUGACAAGUACCGUAAGACCACAGAGGACCUGGAUGUCCUCUUCAAGCGCUACGGGCAGUCCACCGCUCCGUCCCAGACCUUCUCCAUGCCAGUCACAGUGCAGGCGUCCAAUCAGAGCACACUGCAGUUCAGUAACCCUGGCAACGCGCUGGUAACUACCUCCUAUGUAACAUCAUCAUCGCUCACGGAUACCCACCUCCUGUCGCCACAGCAACCGGCUCUCCAGAGAAACACGGUGUCUCCUGGGUUGCCACAGCGACCAGCCAGUGCAGGUGCUCUUCUUGGAGGCGAUCUGAAUAAUUCAAAUGGAGGAUGCCCAAGUCCCGUCCCUAAUGGAUACACCAGUGCCAGGGCCUCCCCAGGCCUCCUCACCGUUUCCAACGGCAACAGUCUGGGGAAAGUAGUUCCGACCAAGUCGCCACCCCCACCUCCGAGCCCCCAGAUGGUCAACAGCCGCAAGCCAGACCUCCGAGUCAUCACCUCGCAGGGCGGGAAGAGCCUCAUGCAGAUGAACGCCCAGCGGCUGGCAGCAGGAGUGCAGGCCGCUCAGAGCCUCAGCACGCCCGUGGUCUCCGUGGCAACGCCCAGCCUGCUGGCUCAGGGUCUGCCCUUCUCCGCCAUGCCCACCGCAUACAACACAGAGUACCAGCUGACCAGCGCAGACAUCACUGCUCUACACGCUCUGGCGUCACCUGGCGGCUUGCUGCCCACCAGUGUGUCGUCAUGGCAACAGCAGCAGGUUGUUUCCCAGCAACAACAGCAACAGCAGCAGCUACAGCAACAACAACAGCAGCAACUAAGUCUUGCCUCCCUCAGCAACUUGGUCAUGUGGGGCGUGGACAAACAGAGCGAUCUGUGCAGCCAGGUGUCCAGUCUGGCUGCCAAUCUGAGUGUUGGCUCUCCGUCCAACCUGCUCUUGGGUAGAGACGAGUGGUUGGGCCGGCCGGUGACGCACAUACCUCAAGGCGCCAUGCUGACCGUCAACACCAACUCCUGUGUGAGCAUCAAGUCGGAGCCUGUGUCCCCGGGGCGGGACCGCAGAACCCCCUGCCCCCCUCCGUCUUCAUCCACGCAGUCCUCCACCUCAGGGGGGGGCAUCCUGAGCGCCCCCCCCCAGUACCCGGGCUCCCUGCUGUGCCUGGAGCCGCCGACCGGCCGCUCGCCCGCCGACAGCAUCAGCAGCAACGCCAGCUCCUUCGAAGGCAGCGACCGCGACGACAACGGGGCAGCUGGUGGAGGAGGAGGAGGAGGAGGGGGGGGCAGCGCGGCCGGUGCUACAGGGGGCGGGGGUCCCGGCGGACGCCCCGACUUCAGCCCCUCGGCGGAGCUCCUCAGGGCGUCGAACGAACCGGAUCAGGAGGGAGGAAACAUCAAGCGCAUGAGAUUAGACACCUGGGUCACAUAGAGCCGCUCCGCACCCACAGUGGAGUUCUGGUGACACACACACACACACACACACACACACACACACACACACACACACACACACACACACACAC